GCCGAUCCGAUUGCUCUUUGUCAGUGCUCCGAAUCUUGCAACGAGCCCAAGCCGCCUCUUGACAGUUGCACUCUGACAGUCCUCAAGCAGCUUCUCUUCCCACUGCGUACUCUCUACCACAUCACCGAACUGUUCGAGCUCUUAAACCUUGCUAUUGUUCCCCAUUGCCAGCUUUAUCUCAAACAUGUCUCUUCCAAUAUUCCGAGGGUCUUCUUUUGAUGUUGCUCAGGUCCAACGAUUUUCGAACAGCCCGAGCAAAAUCAUCAUUUCUAUUGACCUAGCAACUACUAGGUGCUGUCUGGCUACCGGUCAGCGACUACUCGUCGAGGAUCACAACCACCCGCCAGCCGGGGUCAAACUCUAUACUUGCUGGACUGAUUCUUACGAAGCCGGCUCCAAGUGGCCGAUCACUGCCAUUCUCUACAACUCCGAAGGAUUACCAAAGACCGGUAAUAAACUCGAAAUGGCUUUCAAGAGUACUCCAACAUCCAGGCGUUUUGAUAUGAAUAAGCACUUUCGACAGUGGAAACUCCUCUUUCACGAUGACCAGAACGACGCGACAAUCAGGGAAAUUCAAGACGAUUUAUCCUGGAAAUUGGAUCUCUUAGGCAAAACCCGUUUGGACCUUCUUCAGGACUGGGUUAAACUGAUCUACGAAGACAUGUUUAUUGUCCAAGACGACGGCCGUUAUUCUUUGAAAGAGUCCAUCGGUUGCUUUGAUAAGAAGGACGUUGAAAUAGUUGUUACGGUCCCCCCCGGACGCUCAGUGCUCGCUCAUGAUCAAGUCCAUGAGGCCUUCAUACAGGAGCCUAUCGGGAAAGGCCAAGUCUUCCUGGUCUCGGAACCAGAGGCAAUGUUUCGAUCUUGGAUACAGAGUGGGGCCGAUCCUCAAGAUUUCAAGAAGGUUGGAGGGAGAUACAUGGUUGUGGACGGAGGCGGUGGAACUUGUUGUAUCGUCCGAUUCCGACUUGAAAGGCUCGAACCAUCACUUGGAUUUGAACAAGAAUACGAGAGCGAAAGCUUUGUUUGCGGCGCUGAAUCGAUUUCCAAUCUCGUAGAAGAAAAGAUUGGGAGAAAAAUCGCGCUUGACGUUCCAAAUCGAGUUUGGGUUCUCGAUCAGUUUCGGCGGCAAUUUGAUGACUAUUUUAAACGCAGAUUCGGAGCAGAUGACGAACAAACAUACAACUUUGAAGUGUCAAACCUCGUGUGCGAGCUCUCGCGCCAAGAAAUAGCAGAAUGUUUCGAUACGUGCAUUGCAAAGUUGUUCAAGGCAAUGGACCGCCACUUAAAGCGGGGGCUUCCUGUCCACUUUCUCGUUCUAGGAGGUGGACUCUUCGCGAGUCCCUAUGUGCAAAAGGCUGUGGAUAAGCAUUUCAACACAUUCAAAAUAUGCCAACUUUCCAAAGAUAAAGGCCAUGUAGCCCAAGGCGCCGUUCUCGUCAGAACCUGUGCACCAUUUAUUAUCAGAAGACCUAUCCUGCGAAGCAAAGCCGUCACCACCUUCGUUGAAGUCACUGAUGCGAUUAAAAGGUCUCCAAUCUUUGAAGAUUUGUAUAUCAAAAAGGAUAAAUUCCUGGGAGAGCAGUGGUGCUUCGCCGCGCAGUGGCUUGCCAAACAGGGAACCGAAGCCAAGAUCAAACAUGCCAAUGAUAUGUAUGAGGUUGCAUCUGAGGCUUCCUUUAAGGACGCAAGGAAACGCUUCUUCGACCUCAGCGAAGAAGAUCUUACAUUCAGUGAGACCAUGCUCACGUUCAACCAUAUUCCUCCUGUUAACCAGGAGCUCUUAUUUCAAUUAAAGGACGAAACAUGGGUUACUAUGGAUGGAAAUCCCAUCCCACAACCAGAAAACUCCGAGAAACUCACAUGGGAUCCCGAAAAGAUCGGUAUUAACCUCAACACUUUGGAAAUCUCGUGUGAUCGUUCAAAAAACAAACCAUUCAGAGUCCUUCGUUACGCAAUUCAAAUGCAGAUGCGGGAAGUCGGGACAAAGUACUGGGUCAAGACCUGGUCGUGGACGAAACCAGCCAAGACCAAAGGAAGAGUACAGCAAAUUCUCCUGUCUGAAGCUGAUGAGUGCCAAGCCCUCUUUACUCCUCAAGAGAUCUCCCGAAAUCUUGCUGCGAGCUACGAUCUUGGACCGGGUAUGAGGAAAGAGGCUGGCAACGAAGACGGAGAAUCUCGUAGGGCACAUCAACACGACAAGGGGGCGAAGGAUCCCUCAACGGCACACUCUCUGGCUAACCAGGCACUUCACGUGGAGUCUUCCUCGCGAAUUGCCUCAACGAUUGUAGUAGACCAGGCUCCUCAUGGUAACCACACUUCCGCCCCUUCGUCAUCUUUCAGACACGACCUAUUGUCUGCUCAAUGGGAUUUCUCCCAAUAUCGACAGCAAUCUCACAGUCCAUUGAGGACUGUGCGACCCAGCCAGAGACAAAGCAUCGAAGGCAACGCCGAAUACAGCAUCGGUGCCCCCAGAAAUAAUGGAGGGUGCUGGACUUGCAAGUUCAGAAAUGUGAAGUGUGAUAUCCUAACGCCUAAAUGCAAUGAGUGCGCCAGUCUAGGUCUUAUUUGUGAAUACGGACGCCCAACUUGGUGGUAUGAUGAUGAUCUUAAGCAAGUCCAAAAGGAAACCAACAAACACUUGAUCAAGGAGCAUAAAGCAUUAUUGGCGUUGGGCAGACAAUCGCUGGACCGGACACGCCAGGUGGGUUUGCCCAGAAUUGCGAGCAAUCCAAAGACGGGUUUGAGACCACAGGCAACUCAGAGUGCCCCAGCUCAGAAUUAUUCUGGAAGCCAGAAUCCACCUAUCGCGGAUCCACAAGCACUGGUUCCACGGAAAGCAUAUGUUCCCAAAGCGAAGACUCCUCUCCCACCACGAAAGCCGUCUCCCGUCUACGAUGACUAUGAUAUCUACGAUGAUCUUCCACCGUCCCCGAAGAGAGCUCGAAUGUUCUCCACUCCUUCCACUGUGACUAGUAUUGGGGAAGAAGGAAUGGGAAUUGAUGAUAGUUGGAUUCGACGAUCAACACGGCAACGAGAGCCCACCACACAGCCAGUAGACAUGGUCAAGUGGGAUGAUAUUAAUUCGGAUGAGUUUGGCGUUGAGUCUGAUACUGCUGAGUCGGAAUAAGAAGAGAUUGGCUUCCCGGAAUAAUCGUGAGUCAGUACUCCUUGAAUAAAUUGAAUGUUUCAUAACGAGCGGGAAAGGGGGAGAGUAUCUGCAAGUGACAGGUUGACGAAAAGUCACAAGAAAAAUUUCCUUUCUCAUCAGGGUGGGGAGAAGCGUAUUGCGGUCUGUUGGGUCACAUCAAUAAGUAGUCUUACAAAUUGCCCUCUAUCAAACGGUCUUCCUUUCUAGCCCUCC